UCUUCCCUCUUUUACUUCUUCUUCUUCCUCUUCUUCCUCCUCCUCCUCUUUCUUCUUCUUCUUCUUUUCUCUCUUCCCUCUUCCCUCUUUUCUUUCCUCUCUUCCGCCGUCUCUUUCUCCAUCCUCUCUCCUUAUGAUCCUGUGCCUCAGAGUGCGCUACUCUAUCCUGCCAUCCAUUCCCUAGGUUCACUACACUAUGAGACGCACAAAGGUCUUUGCUGGAAGCUCACACCCCGAGCUGGCUACUCUCGUCACCAACCGUCUCGGAAUCCAGCUUGGCAAGACCACCCUCUCCCAGUUUAAGAACAAGGAGACCUCGGUCGAGAUUGGCGUGUCUGUACGUAAUGAAGAUGUCUUCAUCAUCCAGUCUGGCUCGUCCAAGAUCAAUGAUUCGCUCAUGGAACUCUUGAUCAUGAUCAAUGCCUGCAAAGGUGCUUCUGCUCAGCGCGUUACUGCCGUCAUCCCAUAUUUCCCCUACUCUAAGCAGAGCAAGAAAAAGAAGCAUCGUGGUGCUAUUGCCGCAAAGUUGGUGGCCAACAUCCUGUCCAUUUCAGGUGUUGACCAUGUUAUCACCAUGGACUUGCAUGCCUCGCAGAUGCAGGGAUUCUUUGAUCGUCCUGUCGACAAUCUCUAUGCUGAACCCACCAUCGCCCAUUGGAUCCAGGAACAUGUUCAGGACUGGCAAAAUGGUGUCGUUGUCAGUAAAAACGCUGGAGGUGCCAAGAGGGUAACCUCAUUGGCUGAUCGACUCAACAUUGAUUUUGCAUUGAUCCACAAGGACAGGACAAGAUCUGGCCAUGAUCCUGAUCAUUCCCUGUCCGAGCCUGAAAACAUUUACAACCGACUGGAAGACGAGGAUGAUGACUAUGAUGAUCAGAUGGUCGAUGCUGAAACAGGACACGAAGUCCAGCGUGUUACCGUCGAUGAAACAUCGCUCCUCACCCUCGUGGGCGAUGUCCAGGACAAGGUGUGCUUUAUUAUUGACGACAUGAUUGAUGGAUGCCAUUCGUUUUUGGAGGCAGCAGAUCUGUUGGUGGAUCAUGGGGCGAAACAGGUGCUCAUCAUUGCUACACACGGUAUCCUCAGCGGGAAUUCGUUGCGCCAGAUCGAGGAGUGUCCGAAUGUGCACCGAAUCGUGGUCACCAACACCUACCCCCUUCCGGCAGAGAAACGAGCGUUGAGCACAAAGCUCAGGGUGUUGGAUAUCAGCGCCACACUUGCAGAGGCCAUCAGGCGUACACACAAUGGAGAGAGUAUCUCUUAUCUCUUUACACAGGUCCCCAAGAGUCUGUGAAUGCCAUGGUUGACAAAAGCAAAAAGCAAGAG